UCAUGGCAUCAACUGGGAAGACUCUAGGCGUCACCGCCAUAGUUAUUGUGGGUUUGGGCCUGAUAGCAGGUGGUAUAACAUGGGCGGUGUUAGCUACCACCAGGUCGGAGGCUCCACCGCCAGAAAUCCUGCCGCUGGACUGGUGGCAACACUGUGUUCUGUACCAGAUCUACCCAAGGUCCUUCAAGGAUAGCGAUGGAGAUGGGAUUGGGGAUUUGAAAGGCAUCAUUAGCGAGCUGGAACAUUUCGUGGAUGCCGGCGUGGAUGCUAUAUGGAUGUCGCCGAUAUUCGAGUCACCCAUGGUCGACUUCGGCUACGACAUCAGUAACUUCUACAGGAUUCACCACGAGUACGGGACUAUGGAGGAUUUUAUGGAAUUGCUGACUAGAUCGCAUGAAUUGGGUAUCAAAGUGCUUUUGGACUUUGUUCCGAAUCACGCCAGUAACGAAUCCGAGUACUUUAUCAAGUCUGAGGCCCGGGAGCCAGGGUAUGAGGACUUCUUUAUAUGGGCUGAUGGUUUAGAGGACCCAAAUAAUCCUAACAACACACUGCCACCAUCCAACUGGGUGAGCCAGUUCGGCGGCUCAGCGUGGGAGUGGAGCACAAAACGGCAGCAGUACUACUUGCACCAAUUCGCGAUCCAACAAGCGGAUUUCAACUUCCGCAACCAGGCGGUCCGGGAUGAAAUGUUUAAUAUCAUGAAGUACUGGCUCGAUAGAGGGGCCGAUGGCUUCAGAGUGGACGCCCUCCCGUACCUCAUUGAGGCUGACCCAGCGGACCACGGCGGGAGGUACCCCGAUGAUCCUCUCAGCGGGAGGGUGGAGUUCGAACCGCAUCAGCUCGGGUACACCAUCCCGCUGUACACGAAGGAUCUGAUAGAACUGUACGACGUCGUGUACGAGUGGAGGGAGUUCGUGGAUAAGUACUUGGAGGAGAAUGGGGGGGAUACGCGUGUGCUGUUCUCGGAGGGCUACGCUAAUGUGACGAUGACGAUGCUGUACUAUGGGACGGGGGAUGUGGGGGGUGCGAGGGGGGUGCGGGGGGCGCACUUCCCCUUCAACUUCGACUUCAUCACGGAUCUGUCGGCGCGCUCGGGCGCUCGGGACUUCGCCUACGUGGUGCUGCGCUGGCUCACCUACAUGCCGCACGGAGCCACGCCCAAUUGGGUGUUCGGAAACCACGACAACAACCGCAUGCCGACUCGCUUCCGCGAGCGCAUGGUGGACGGGCUCAACUCGCUGAGCAUGUUGCUGCCCGGGGUCACCGUCACCUACCAGGGCGAGGAAAUUGGUAUGAAAGACGGCUACGUGAGCUGGGAGGACACUGUGGACGUGGAAGCCUGCAACAGAGGCGACGAGAACACCUACCACCUGUAUUCCAGAGACCCGGCCAGAACACCGUUCCACUGGAACAGCUCCACCAACGCCGGCUUCAGUUCCGCGAACAGAACUUGGCUGCCGGUCGCUGAUGAUUAUCAGGAACUGAAUCUGGCGUUGCAGAAGGAGGCUGAGAGGAGUCAUUAUAAGGUGUAUCAGGCCUUAACCGCUUUGAAGAAAAGGCAGAAAUCUCUCUCCCACGGCGAAUACUCCAUCCGAGCACUUUCAGAUAGCACUUUAUGCCUAGUGCGCUAUCUGAGGACCUACGACACUAUAGUGCUACUGUUUAAUGUAGCAGAUAAUUCUGAUACUGUGGAUUUGAGCAGAGUAGCACAACUUAAACUACCGGCUACUGUUUAUGUUUCCAGUGUUCAUUCUUCGAGGAGAGAAGGAGACACGAUAAAUGGGGAAAAUAUUACUCUAUCUGCAGGAGAGGCCAUUGUUCUGAGAUCGGAGCCAGUCUCAUAAAUGUUAUUACAAUUAAGUUGUAUAUACCUGUACAUAGUUAAAUUAAUUGAAUUAAAAUAUUUU